CUGGAAAUAGUCAUAAUAUCAAAAAAAUGGAUCGCUGGACGAAUCGUGUUGCUGUUGUUACGGGUGCCAGCUCUGGGAUCGGAUCGGCUUGCUGCAAGGAUCUGGUGGCGAAGGGCAUGGUCGUCGUAGGACUCGCUCGUCGCGAGGAGCGUUUGAAGCAGCUGAAGGAAUCUCUGCCAGCAGAUCAGCAGGCACGCUUCCAUGGCCGCAAGUGUGACGUCAGCGUGGAGAAGCAAGUGGUCGAUGCCUUCGCCUGGGUGGAUGAAACCCUUGGAGGAGCAGAUGUCUUGGUAAACAACGCCGGCAUUAUCAGGCCUUCCAUGAUUACCGAUGCCGACAAUGCUGCUGAUAUGCGAGCCAUCCUGGACACCAAUGUCCUGGGAUUCGUUUGGUGUGCCCGUGAGGCCUUCCGGUCGCAGCAGAAGCGGAAUGUCACUGACGGUCAUGUGGUGGUCAUCAACAGUGUGCUGGGCCAUAAAAUUCCCACAAUGCCGGGCUUUAAUUUUAAGAUGUACGCUCCCUCAAAGUACGCUGUUACCGCUUUGACAGAGGUCCUGCGACUGGAGUUCCAGCAGAAGAAGACUCAGACCAAGAUCACAAGCAUUAGUCCCGGAGCUGUCGAUACCGAGAGCUUUGAUGAAAAACUUAAAGAAGCUAUGCCGAAUUUCCCCAUGCUACGGGCUGAGGAUAUAGCCGAUGCUGUCUCUUACUGCAUCCAGACUCCUCCAAAUGUCCAGAUCCAUGAGCUGACCAUUAAACCCAUUGGAGAAUCAUUCUAAUCGAUGCAUUUGUUAAUGAAAUUGGACAUUUCAAGAUCUUCUAAAGGGGGACCAUGCACCAUCAAGUGCCGCAAAUAAAAGAAAUACUAUCGAUUGAAGUAUUGGAUACCCAAAGGCCUGGCAUCUUGUAAAACAAAUAAACCCAGCAUGUGGUUAGUUGAGUGCAACUAAAUAAACAAAUUUCCCUAACAAUA